UUCUCCUUCCUCUUAUGCAAUAAUGUGUUUCUACCAAAGUUAGUCUUCAAAAGUUUGUUGACUUCGAAGUCAGCGCUUGAUUAGCUUCUGGUGCAAAGGUGUUGCUAAAAGAAUGGCCUUCUCUCUGUUACCAAAGUUAUCUCCUUGUAUUUUGUUCUUGCUUCUGCUAUCUUCAACUUGCUUCACUUCAACAGAUGCUUAUGAUCUGCUUGACCCAAAUGGGAAUAUCACAAUCAACUGGGAUGUUAUGUCAUGGACUCCUGAUGGAUAUGUAGCUGUUGUUACAAUGAACAACUUCCAAAGAUAUCGUCAUAUUACUUUACCUGGCUGGUUUCUAAGGUGGAGAUGGGCAGAAAAGGAGGUAAUAUGGGCCAUGAUGGGAGCGCAGACCACUGAACAAGGAGAUUGUUCAAAAUUUAAGGGAGGUAUUCCACAUUCUUGUAAGAAGGAUCCGACAGUUGUGGAUUUGCUUCCUGGAACACCAUACAAUCAACAAAUUGCAAAUUGCUGCAAAGGUGGGGUGCUUAGUUCAUCGGUGCAGGAUCCAAGCAGAGCAGCAGCAGCUUUUCAAGUUAGUGUUGGUAGAGCUGGAACCACAAACAAAACUGUCAAAGUCCCGAAAAACUUCACCUUGGAAGCACCUGGACCACGUUAUACUUGUGCACCAGCUAAGAUUGUCAGACCCACUCAAUUCAUUACUCCAGACAAAAGGAGAUUCACCCAAGCAUUGAUGACAUGGCAGGUGGUAUGCACAUACUCACAAUUUCUAACUCAGAAAACUCCCACUUGCUGCGUCUCACUUUCAUCUUUCCAUAAUAAUACUAUUGUGCCUUGCCCAACAUGUUCAUGUGGCUGCCGAAGUAACUCAUCUCAGUCAGGGAAAUGUGUAAAUCCAGGUACACCACAUUUGGCCUCAUUCGUUUCUGGCUUCGGGAAGAACGAAUUUUCACCUACGGUUGAAUGUACCAAUCACAUGUGUCCGAUCAGAGUCCACUGGCAUGUUAAGUUCAACUCAGAGAAGUACUGGCAUGUGAAGGUUACUAUUACUAAUUUGAAUUACGGGAUGAAUUAUUCUGACUGGAACUUAGCCAUUCAACACCCAAACUUCGACCAUCGGACUCAAGUGUCCGGUUUCAUCUACAAGCUCAUGACUCCUUAUGCUUCAAUAAAUGAUACAGCAAUGUUGUGGGGAAUGAAGUCCCAGCGUAAUGAUGUUCUGAUCCAAGCUGGCCCGAAUGGAAAGGUUGAAGGAGAUGUUCUCUUCCGAAAGGAUAAAGCAACUUUAAUUGAUAAGGGAUGGGCUUUCCCCCGAAGGAUCUACUUCAAUGGUGACACUUGUACUAUGCCACCACCCAGUGCUUACCCCUUUUAGAGUGUAAUGAGAUUGCAGUCUUCGAUCUCAACAAGUUUGCUGAAAAUUCUUCUGCAUUGCUAUUUUUAAGACCAUAGUAUUUGCAUGUUGCUUUAAAAGCUCCAUAAUGUUGGUAAUGAAGAACAAUGUUAAGCAUCAAGAGAAGCUAUCUUGAUCAUAUAUGUUAAAAAUGUAUUGAGUAUUAUAACUUUUAUUGCAUACGUUUGAGAGUUUUUUUGUUUUCUAAA